GGUGUCAGCGUGGGGGAGGGCCAGACAGGCUGCGGGGGAGGGCAAUGUCCCGCUCCUGUGCAGUUCCCAUGUUGCCGUUCUUGUCCCGUUGCAACAUGGCCCUGCGGAGGGUGCUGGCGCUGGCGGCAGCCCUGGGGCGCCGCAGCUGCUGCUCCAAGCCCUCGCUGCCCCCUGACUUCGUGGAGACCCUGAGGGCCGUGGUGGGGGCCCCCAAUGUCUCCACGGCCACAGCGGUGCGGGAGCAGCACGGCCAUGAUGAGUCCAUGCACCCCUGUGCCCCCCCGGACGUCGUGGUGUGGCCCCAGGCGGUGGGGCAGGUGCAGGAGCUGGCAGCCCUCUGUCACCGCUGCCGUGUGCCCAUGGUGCCCUUUGGCACCGGUACCGGCCUGGAAGGAGGCGUCAAUGCCGUGCAGGGCGGUGUCUGCUUUGACCUGAGCCGCAUGGACGCCAUCGCAGAGCUGAGCCUCGAGGACUUCUCGGUGACGGUGGAGCCCGGUGUCACCCGCAAGGCCCUCAAUAAGCACCUGCGUGGCACCGGGCUCUGGUUCCCUGUCGACCCUGGGGCGGACGCCUCGCUGUGUGGCAUGGCGGCCACGGGUGCCUCGGGCACCAACGCCGUGCGCUACGGCACCAUGCGCCCCAACGUGCUCAACCUGCGCGUGGUGCUGCCGGACGGGCGCCUGCUCCACACCGCCGGCCCCGGGCGCCAGCCCAGGAAGCGGGCGGCCGGCUACGACCUGACCUCGCUCUUCGUGGGCUCUGAGGGCACCCUGGGCUUCCUGACUCAGGCCACGCUGCGCCUGCACCCUCUGCCCGAGGCCACUGCUGUCACCAUCGCCUCCUUCCCCAGCGUGGGGGCGGCCGUGGCUUGCACCGUCCAGGUGCUGCAGGCUGCCGUGCCCGUGGCCCGCAUCGAGUUCCUGGAUGAAGUGAUGGCGGAUGCCUGUGGCCGCUUCAGCAGGAUGGGGCUGCCGGUGGCUGCCACGCUCCUCCUGGAGCUGCAUGGCUCCCGGCGUAGCCUGGCUGAGCAGCAGCAGCAGACAGAGGAGAUCGUGCGACAGAACAGUGGCUCCGGCCUGGCCUGGGCGGAGGGGCUGGAGGAGCGCGAGCAGCUCUGGUCCAUGCGCCACAAUGCCUGGUACGCUGCCCUGGCCCUGCGGCCCGGCUGCCAGGGCUACUCCACGGAUGUCUGUGUGCCCAUCUCCCGCCUGCCUGAUGUGGUGGUGGAGACCAAGCAGGACCUGCAGGCCUCCAACCUCACCGGACCCAUGGUGGGACACGUGGGCGAUGGCAACUUCCACUGCAUCCUCGUCUUCAACUCCCAGGACCCAGAGGAGGCCCAGCGCAUCCACGCCUUCACCCAGCGCCUGGGCAGGCGGGCACUGGCAGCAGGGGGCACCUGCACCGGGGAGCACGGCGUGGGCCUGGGCAAGCGGGCACUGCUGCAGGAGGAGCUGGGCCCGGAGGGCCUGGACACCCUGCGCUCCAUCAAGGCUGCACUCGACCCCCACAAUCUCAUGAACCCCGGCAAAGUGCUCUGAGGGGGAGCACCAGCACUGAGCUGGCACUGGGGAACCUCAGCCCCUGGAGUCAAGGCCAGGGUGGCCAUGCUGCCUGCAGUGCCACAGUAUGUAUCCCUACAAAUCACCCCAUCCUCACUUCUGGGGGUCAGGGAUCCUCCAACCCCCAAUAAACCCUUUGGACUCACA